UGAGUGGAUAGCUCUCUCACUCUCUCUCUCUCUCUCGCGCGCGCGCGCACACACACACACACACACACACACAUCUUCUCUUCUUUCUAUAUCCAGUAACAGUCAACACGCGUUUGUGAGCACCUGCAGGCACAGAAAUGGCAACGGGAAAUUUAGAUAAGCAGAAAACUAUCGAUCUCCGCAAGAAACAUGUUGGUCCUUCCUGCAAAGUGUUCUUCAGUCAUGACCCUAUCAAGAUUGUGAGAGCAAGAGGACAGUACAUGUACAACGAAAAAGAUGAGAAAUACCUGGAUUGCAUAAAUAAUGUUGCACAUGUGGGUCAUUGCCAUCCAGAUGUGGUUGAAGCAGGAGCAAAGCAAAUGGAGCUUCUCAACACCAACUCUCGCUUCCUACAUGACAAUCUGGUCCUGUAUGCUCAACGUCUCCAAGCCACUCUUCCUGAAAAGCUCUCUGUGUGCUACUUUGUCAACUCAGGGUCUGAGGCAAAUGAUCUGGCUCUGAGGUUGGCCUGGCAGUAUACCGGCCACAAAGACAUCAUCACACUAGAGAAUGCCUACCAUGGUCAUGUGUCAUCGCUCAUUGAUAUCAGUCCAUAUAAGUUUCAUCAGAUGGCUGUUGCAGAGCCAAGCCAACAUGUGCAUGUGGCUCUCAGUCCAGACAUUUAUAGAGGCAAAUACUGUGAGGACCACCCUGACCCUGCCACUGCCUAUGCUGAAAAUGUCAAAGAUAUAAUUGAGCAGGCCCAUAAAAAGGGACGUAAGAUUGCCGCUUUUAUCGCUGAGUCACUGCAGAGUUGCGGAGGGCAGGUCAUUCCUCCAGUGGGCUACUUCCAGAAAGUGGCACAGCAUGUGAGAAACGCAGGAGGCGUUUUCAUUGCUGAUGAGGCCGUGGGCUUUGGCAGGGUGGGCACCCACUUCUGGGGCUUCCAGCUGCAGGGAGAAGAUUUUGUACCAGAUAUUGUUACAAUGGGCAAACCUAUUGGAAAUGGCCAUCCAAUGUCAUGUGUGAUCACCACCAGAGAGGUUGCCGAAAGCUUCAUGUCAUCUGGAAUGGAGUACUUUAACACAUUUGGCGGUAACCCAGUAUCAUGUGCUAUUGGACUGGCGGUGCUGGAUGUAAUUGAGAAGGAAGAUCUCCAAGGCAAUGCCCUGCACAUCGGAAGUUACCUGACUCAGCUUUUGGAUGAUCUAAAGAAAAGACACCUUUUAGUGGGUGACGUGAGGGGCCGUGGCCUGUUUAUUGGGUUGGACCUGGUAAGAAACCGGGAUAAGAGGACACCUGCCACUGCUGAAGCUCAGGAUGUUAUUUACAGACUAAAAGAGCAGCUACUGCUCAGUGCUGAUGGCCCCCACCGCAAUGUUCUGAAGUUCAAGCCUCCCAUGUGCUUCUCCAGAGAGGAUGCUGAACUCGUCGUGGAGAAGAUUGACCAAAUUCUGACAGACUUAGAAAAGACUUUGGGCCUCCAAAUGUCUGAAGCAGUAAUUUCAGAGAAUGGACACACUAAGAGAAAGGUAAUCUUUGAUGAAAAUGGCCUCGUUCAUCCCUUCAAAACCAGCAGCCACAGCCACAAGCACACUGUCACACUACCUCAUGACAAAAAAACCAAUAAGAGACAAAAAACCUAAUGAAACGUCAGGGGAC